UUAAAACGGGAACCGUUGGAUGGUUAGGUGAGUAUUUUAGAAAUCGUUGGAUUCCAAUUUCAUUGUCAAACUUCAUUUUCAUCAAAUCCCAAACUCAUCCAUGGCGAUUUCUCACGCUCAGCCUCUGCUUCUUCUCCUCUUCCUCCUACCCACUUUGCGCGCCACUUCUUUCCACUACUGUGAUAAGAGACUCGAUCCCGUUAAGGUCAACGGUGUGGAGAUCUCUCCUGAUCCUGUUGUGAGUGGCAAAGCCGCAACAUUUAAGAUCUCGGGUUCGACUGAUGAACACAUCUCUGGUGGAAAAGUAGUGAUCAGUGUUUCAUACUUCGGAGUUCAUGUCCAUACCGAAACUCAUGAUCUUUGCGAUGAAUCGUCCUGCCCGAUCGAACCAGGCAGCUUUCUCCUUUCCCACUCCCAAACACUGCCUUCCAUUACACCACCUGGUACUUAUACACUUAAGAUGACGAUAAACGACAAGAAUGGCGGCCGACUGACCUGCAUCAGCUUCAAAUUCAAGAUCAAGUUAGAUUCCACGGUUUAUGCUAUUUAAGGUCUCCGGUGUAAAUAUGUUGCCUCUCUCGUAAACUUGUGUGGUGUCCAAAUAAAAUGCUCUCUUUGGGGCUGCUUGCCUUUGAUGUACAUUACAAACAACCCCCACAAUCUUUUAUUUCUUAUAUAUCCAUGGUCGUUUUCAUCUACUUUCUGCUUCUGCUUAAGUUCAUUAGAAAAAGUCUUCAGUAAAGAUCAUUUCAACUACAGUGUUCUUAACAAGUUGUAGGGCUUCUUCACUUGUUCUUACAAGACUUACUUAAGUAAAGACCUUAGUUCCGAAGAACAGGAACUGAUCGAUUACAAAAGUAAAAGAGUUUUAUAGAGCUGCUAAGUAAAAAAAAAAGGAAUGUCUUCCAAAUUUCAUACACGACAGUAAGAAUCCCUUACCUGCGAGUCAAGUCCUCGCACUCCUAAUCAAUGAGAAUCUUCAAGCAACUUCGCCGCCUCGUGAACCAAACACAAAACAUUGCUUACUUCUUCUUCAACCUUGCCUGAUAAUAAACCGCUCUUCUCCUUCGCUAGAGUCUCCAAUGCAUUUUCGACUUUCUCCAUCGUAUCCUUGAGGGCCUCUUUCGCUCUAUGCUCCUCUGCAUCUACUUCUUCUCUUACCACCAUCACCUCUUCUUUUCUCAUAUCUGACUCAAAGACAAGCUGGUGAAUCUCCAUUAUCAUGUUUUGUAUUUCACACAUCCCUACUUCUUCCAUCUCUUCAAGAGACUGCUUCUCCUGGAUCGUAUGUUCCAGUUUCCUCUCUGAUUCGGAUCUCGUCUUUGAUCUCUUCUCUAUCUCUUUCUCUACGGUUUUGAUCUCUUUCUCCAGCUUCAUAGACUUUCUGUUCAUAUCCUCAAUUUCUUUUCUCACCGAAGCCAGCUUCUCCCGAGAAAGCUUCAUCUCUGAUUGGAGCUUUAUUUUUUCUUCCUCGGAUUUCAGCAAAUCUGUGGCUUUCCCUGAAAGCAGAGUGUUUCUCUGAGGAGAGUUGAUCUUCUCAAUGUUAUCAAUCGCACAGAGGACCUUCUCUUCCUCGUGUCUCCUGUUCUCUUCAUCCACUUUUAUCUUCAGCAUUACAAUGUUACUCUUUAGCUCUGCUUCAGAUUGUUGCAUCUUACCCAUAGACGCGUCGAUUUCUCUUUUGUAAGAUUGGAGAACUCUGAGCUCUUCAUUUUUCUGGUUUAGAUGAUCUGAAGAUGCCUUCACACGCGCCCUUGCCCGUUCUUCUUGCUGUUGAAAGUACGCUGAAGAUGAUACAAAGUUUGAUAGCGAGUAUCUGAGAGCAGCCAGCUUUCUCUCUGCAGCUUCUUUUCUCGCGUUUGUUUGAUAAGAGACAGCUUCAGUUAUCCCUAGCUCCUUAACUUUGUUUUCCGCCUCUUUGCUUUGCUUUGACAGCUUGAUGAUCUCCAAAAUAAUCUCUUCAAGCGAAGAGAACACUCCAAUAGUUUUGGCAGAGGCUGAAAGUUUCUCCUGCGCUAAUUCGAGUUUCAGCCUCGCAGAGUUUAAAUCUCCUAUGAACCUUUCAGAAGUGAUGUCACAGAGCUCCAUUUCUGUGUCAAUAAGCUUCUCUUGGACAGGAGCAGAGAGCAGUCUUUUGAAUUCAUCUUUUUCCUUCAUUGCAUUUUCAUACAGACUCAUAAGCUUCUCAUUCUCCUCGUGCAUCUCGCUAAGCUGAUUCUCCAGAUUUCCAAUCAUUUUCUUCUGUUCCUCUGCUGCACUUUUCUCAACCUCCAGAUCAAUAUCAGAACUGUUCUGAGCUUCAGCAUCUUUUUCCUUCAUUGCAUUUUCAUACAGACUCAUAAGCUUCUCAUUCUCCUCGUGCAUCUCGCUAAGCUGAUUCUCCAGAUUUCCAAUCAUUUUCUUCUGUUCCUCUGCUGCACUUUUCUCAACCUCCAGAUCAAUAUCAGAACUGUUCUGAGCUUCAGCAU